UCCUGUGCCGGCCGUUUCUCGCGACACCUUCCGGGUUACCCGACAGUUCGCCUGUGCUGCACUGUAGAGCCAGGACUAUUUGCAAAGGAGGGGUGUUCUCUGUCCUGUCGAGCUCCUCCUGGUGUGAGAGUGUCGGGUGUGUGUGCACCAUGGCGAGUCUCCUCCGUGUUGUGGCAGCUAGCUGCUCGUCCCCGGUGUUCAGCGCAGUCUCCUGCGCGAAGCUGCAGAGCGGCCGUUCAGUCAAAGCGUCAUGCGUUCGCUUCUUCAGGACCCAUCAAGCUCUGGGACGAUGUGCUAGUCCAGGUAUUCCAUACAAACAACUCACAGUCGGUGUACCCAAAGAAAUUUUCCAGAAUGAACGCCGUGUUGCGAUUUCCCCCGCUGGAGUCCAGGCGCUCAUCAAGCAGGGCUUCAAUGUUGUGGUGGAGUCGGGAGCUGGAGAGCCUUCAAAGUUCCCUGAUGAACAGUACACCGAGGCUGGAGCAUCAAUCAAGGACAUUAAAGAUGUCCUGGCAUCAGAUGUGCUGGUCAAGGUCCGUGCUCCCAUUUUCAACCCUGAUUUGGGCGUCCACGAGGUGGAGUUGAUGAAGGACGCCGCCACUUUGUUCAGCUUCAUCUACCCAGCUCAGAACCCCGAGCUGAUGGACUUGCUGUCCCAGAAGAAGGCCACCGUCGUGGCUAUGGACCAGGUGCCCCGAGUCACUAUCGCCCAGGGUUACGACGCUCUGAGCUCAAUGGCAAACAUCGCUGGCUACAAGGCUGUUGUGUUGGCGGCUAACAACUUUGGUCGCUUUUUCACCGGACAGAUCACAGCAGCAGGGAAAGUACCACCUGCAAAGGUUCUGAUCAUUGGAGGAGGUGUGGCUGGAUUGGCAGCAGCUGGUUCUGCCAGAGCCAUGGGAGCCAUUGUCAGAGGAUUUGAUACCAGAGCUGCAGCUUUGGAGCAGUUCAAAUCUCUGGGUGCAGAGCCGCUGGAGGUGAACAUGAAGGAGUCAGGAGAGGGCCAGGGAGGCUACGCCAAGGAAAUGUCAAAGGAAUUCAUAGAAGAAGAAAUGAAGCUGUUUGCCAGACAGUGUCGGGAAGUGGACAUCGUUAUCAGCACUGCUCUUAUCCCUGGUAGGAGGGCGCCCAUCCUGAUCACCACACCCAUGGUGGAGAGCAUGAAAGAUGGGUCUGUGGUGGUGGACUUGGCUGCUGAGGCUGGAGGAAACAUUGAGACCACAGUACCUGGAGAGCUGUCAGUAUACAAGGGAGUGACCCACAUCGGCUACACAGACCUGCCCAGCCGUUUGCCGACUCAGUCCAGCACUCUGUACUCCAACAACAUCACUAAGUUGAUGCGAGCCCUCAGCCCCGGCACGGAUAACUUUUUCCUCGACGUGAAGGAAGUGUUUGACUACGGCACCAUGGAUCACGUGGUCAGAGGGUCUGUUGUCAUGCAGAAUGGAAAGAAUCUGUUCCCCGCUCCUCAGCCCAACAACGUGCCAGUCGCAGCUCCUCCUAAACCCAAGAGCAUCCAGGAGCUGGAGAAGGAGAAGGCUGCACAAGUCUCCCCCUUUAAGGCCACACUUACCACCGCUGGCAUUUACACAGGAGGCGCUGCCACCCUGCUGAGUCUGGGUCUGUCGGCUCCCAACGCCGCCUUCACUCAGAUCGUCACAACCUUCGGUCUGGCCGGCAUCGUGGGAUACCACACCGUGUGGGGAGUCACUCCCGCUCUGCACUCUCCUCUUAUGUCCGUCACCAACGCCAUCUCAGGACUGACAGCUGUGGGUGGUCUGUCCCUGAUGGGUGGUGGCUACACCCCGAACACCACCGCUGAGUCUCUGGCUCUGCUGGCUGCCUUCAUCUCCUCGGUCAACAUUGCCGGUGGUUUCCUUGUGACAAAGAAGAUGUUGGACAUGUUCAAGCGUUCCACCGAUCCCCCAGAGCACAACUACCUUUAUCUUCUCCCUGGUGGGGUCUUUGUCGGAGGUUACGCCGCCGCCCUGCAUUCUGGGUACAACAUUGAACAGAUGAUGUACUUGGGCUCCGGUCUGUGCUGUGUCGGUGCCCUGGCCGGUCUUUCCAACCAGAAGACUGCCCGUCUGGGUAACGCUUUGGGUAUGAUGGGAGUUGCUGGGGGUGUCAUUGCCACUUUGGGGGCCCUCAAGCCAAGUCCUGAACUCCUGGCGCAGAUGAGCGCAGCCAUGGCUGUUGGUGGUACUGCUGGCCUGGCCAUAGCUAAGAGGAUCCAGAUCACUGACUUGCCCCAGCUUGUGGCAGCCUUCCACAGCCUGGUGGGGAUGGCUGCCGUGCUCACCUGUGUAGCUGAAUACAUGAUCGAAUACCCCCACUUUGCCACAGACCCCGCAGCUAACCUCACCAAGAUAGUCGCCUACCUCGGCACCUUCAUCGGCGGUGUCACUUUCAGUGGCUCUUUGAUUGCAUACGGCAAACUGCAAGGUGUUCUGAACAGCUCUCCCCUCAUGCUCCCCGGUCGUCACGCUCUGAACGCUUCUCUCAUGGCCGCCAGUGUUGGUGGGAUGAUUCCCUACAUGAUGGACCCGAGUUACAUCACAGGCAUCACCUGUCUCGGAUCGGUCUCUGCUCUCUCUGCUGUCAUGGGUGUAACUCUGACAGCAGCUAUUGGCGGCGCUGACAUGCCCGUGGUCAUCACCGUAUUGAACAGUUACUCCGGGUGGGCCCUAUGCGCUGAGGGCUUCCUGCUCAAUAACAACCUGCUGACCAUUGUCGGAGCUCUCAUUGGAUCGUCUGGAGCCAUCCUGUCUUACAUUAUGUGUGUGGCCAUGAACCGUUCUCUGGCUAAUGUGAUCCUGGGAGGCUACGGCACGUCCUCCACCGGCACAGGAAAGCCCAUGGAGAUCACAGGGACACACACCGAGGUCAACGUGGAUCAGACUGUCGACAUGAUUAAAGACGCCCAGAGCAUAAUCAUCACUCCAGGUUAUGGACUUUGCGCUGCAAAGGCCCAGUACCCCAUCGCUGAGCUGGUGAAGAUGCUUCAUGAAGCUGGCAAAGAUGUCAGGUUUGGAAUUCACCCUGUGGCUGGCCGCAUGCCUGGUCAACUCAAUGUGCUGCUGGCUGAAGCUGGUGUCCCGUAUGAUAUCGUCCUGGAAAUGGAGGAGAUUAAUGAGGACUUCGCUGAGACCGACCUUACCCUUGUGAUCGGUGCCAAUGACACUGUCAACUCAGCCGCUCAGGAAGACCCUAACUCCAUCAUUGCUGGUAUGCCCGUGCUGGAGGUUUGGAAGUCUAAGCAGGUGGUUGUGAUGAAGCGUUCCUUGGGAGUGGGUUACGCUGCAGUAGAUAACCCCAUCUUCUACAAGCCCAACACUGCAAUGUUGCUAGGCGAUGCCAAGAAGACCUGUGAUGCCCUGCAAGCAAAGGUCCGCGAGUCCCAGAACCAGUAAGGUGGGCCGAAGGACUCUCCGAUAACAGCACACAUGGAUUAGGGAGGAUGACGAGUCGGAUCACAGCAUUAAGAUCCUCACUGUUCAACUUGAAUGACAAAAAUUGAGCAGUGAUGAUCAAUAAAACAAAACAGUUGUUGGCACACCCUUCCUGUCAUCUAGGAAUAAAAGAAACAGUAACGUUGUUGUAAAAAAAACGUGUGCAGUAGGAGCCAAACAAUGCAAAUACAGUGAGUUUUAGUGCCGCCACAUUGACAAUAUUCUUCCAGAUUGUGUUUCUCUUUGUCAGAUCUUUUAUUCCUAGAUCAUAAAGAAGGGUAACCAUGUGCAUGUGGUCUGUAAUCUGGAGAGCAGCUGACAUAAAAGUCCUUUUAAUUUUAGACACCUGUAUUAAUGUAAAACAAUCGGAGCUGUAGGUACAGUAACAUGUUAGAUAUGUUUAAUUCACUUUUAGGAUAUAGUCAAUAGUUGAGGGAAAAUGUAAGAUGCGUUGGAAUAACAAAAGGAAAAAUAUAAAAUGGUGAACCAGCAGAGGAAGAGGGAUAAGACGCUUAAGCUCUUGAUGUUUUCCCUCAUUGUAAAGACUGUUCUAUUCCUUCUUUUUCUCCAGAGAUUUCUUUUGUUAGAGGAAUUCGAUGUUCCCUUUGAUUGAUAUGUUUGCUUUAAUCGUUAUGUCACACUUUCUUCUUCUUUACAAGAAAAAGAAAAAAAGCAUAAUAGUUCAACAUUGUUGUAAAGUUCUUUCAGUUUCAGAUUUGUACUGUAUUGAGAGAUUUUUUGUAUUCGGACUAAUAAUUAACUAAGAACAUGCCUACAUGAUCACUAUGCCAACUGUUGGAAGCUAUUCAUGCCAUUUUUUUCUUUUUCUCUUUUUACCUGACUCUUGUGUCUUGUGACCUCCACCUUUGCCUUUUGUGCAGAAACCACACGUGGAUUCAGAAACAGUUAAAAAAAAUCCAUUCAAACGUCGCCUAUCGGGCAUUCAAUGCAAUAAAACCAAAUUGAUCUGGUCUUUAAUAAGUAUGAGACCACAGCUGUCCUGUAACUCUUGUAAAGAUGAAACAAACACUCUCAGAGAUCUGAUAGCCGAAUGGAUUUUAUGAUGUUUUUGAACCAGGUGUGUCUCGUCCUCUUGUGUGGUUCUGAUAUUACAGUACAUGUGACGGUAGCCUUUGUGGUAAAAGAGGUUGUUUUGUUUUUUUCAAGUGAAUGUGGCUCAUACACUCCAAUAUGUGUUUCCUCAUUAUUGCUCUAGAGGGUAAUGAAGGAUCACUGUUUGUAAAGUACAGCCAGAUGGUAUCAUUACUGAUGUGUAGAGUCUAAAGCAACAAAGCCGUUAAUUAGCUUGUUGAUACAUGUCAGAAUACAGGAUUUGUUUGAAGAUAUUAUUAAGUGUGCAUUUCCCAAUUCUUUAGUUAAAGCUUAUCAUUUUGCCAUAAACUUAAACUUGUGCCCCCCCCCCCCCCCCCCCCCCCCCCCCCCAAUUUUUAAGAUCUAACGGCACAAAUAUAGAUGAAUUGGUUGUUGUAUAACCACUUGAUUAAAGAUCCCUGACAUAUUGACAGUAGUUCCCAUUCUACACCUGACUUUACAUAGCAGAGCCAAUUGAACUAGACCACCAGAAUUAAGAAGACACCAGAAGUCAAUCAAUGUUAGACAUUCAGUUAACAGCAGAUGAACUUGUAAGCAGUUUAAGGAACAAUAGCUCCUGAAGUGACAGGCUGGUAGUUUUUGUUGUAUUGAAAUGUAAAUGGAAGUACUGUUGGAGGUUGGUUAUUAUACUUUCACCCUGGGACCCGAUACAUCGUCAACUCUCCUACCUCUCCAUAAAAUGACCAAUAACUUUCCAUAUGACCUUCAUCAGACCAAUAUCCUUUAACUAACUAAUGGACCAGUGAUAUUUCAGCCACCAACCUUAAAUCAGCCAUGCCUCUGUUAUCCUAAACCUGACCAAUUGCCUUCUGUUUUGUGUUCACAUUGUGUUUAUUUUUAACCAUCAGACCUCAGUUUCCUGCUGGCUAGUUUUACUGUAUGUUAUGCAAGUGUAGAGCUGCAGAUGUCAUCGCUGCUCAUGAAGGGUUAAUAUUUUUGCACGUCAAUUUACACAAGAAAUUGCUGUCUUUAAUGACUGUUAGAUGGGACAUUUUUCUUACUAUUUGUAGCUUGUUGCCACUUUUUCUAUUGUAUAGGUUUUGAUGAAAUUAAGGGAGAGGAAAAAUCAUAAAUUCUUAAAUGGCCAAUAUGCCCCCAAAUGCCCUUAUCGUUUGCCUUCUUGAGUAUUUUUGUAAGGAAGCUAUUUGUGUAGAGCAACAAUUGGGCUUAUGAAGUUGUACGAUGUUACAGUGCACCAUGUAAGGAAGAUGAAAUGUACUGUGAAUGUUUUCCCUCUUGUUUAUCAUGGAACAUUUUCAUCCCUAAUAAAACCUGUAUUUACACUAGA